AUGACUGUCCAUUCGCUUUCGGGUGCGAAACCCUGGCGAUCCAAAGACUGCUACGGCAGGAUAUGCAGGGUUUGGCAUCGCCGAGUCACUGGGCUGAAGGAUUCUUGCUUGACUAGACCUCUAACCAUUGACCAACCCGGUAUGAGACUCUGUGAAUGUCGCGAGAUACUCUCCAAUAUAGCUCAAUGGAUCGCUGAGGUGCGCAAACCGUCACACCACGGGAAGAGUCUGUCUCUUCGUGACGAUGAUAGUUCGAAAGUUCGCCUCCUGCUCCGCAAACUUGGACCCGCAGAGCAUGAUAAGUACGCUAACUAUAUUCUGCCAAAGAACCCGCGCGAUAUCAAUCUUGAUGAAACGACUGAGCGUCGAGUGGCGAUGUGCACUCUGAAGCACUCCACACUCCGAAGCAAGCAGGAGAACAAGCUGCUCUCGCUCUCACACUGGACUCGCUUGGCACUGUAUCAGAAAAAGCUGCCGAAGACACACUGUAAUUGA